GUUAGGAACGGUUACAAGUCCCAACUUUAACUCAUUUGACGUGUCCAAGUAGCAGCAACUGCAUGUCGGGACCACACAAAUUUGCCUGAACUCCGGGAUCUUGCAUCCCCACCCCCAAGGACACAGAGCUAAAAGGCCUCAAACAACUCAUUUCCCCUGAAGGAGGGGGAGUUUUGAAAGCAUUUUCGUCAAUCGACUUGCAAAACCUUUUUAUCUCGACCAGCCAACGGGUUCGAAGAACCCUUUUACUAGAGGUGGGGCUAUGGAUUGCGCGCGGCACAUUCAUUGGGAAAGCGCCGCCUACUUGGCGAGGGGCGCUUUAAAUGCAGGCGCGGGAGCUUGCCGCAUUCCCCUGGACUUGAGCGCAACCUCCCCUGUGUGAAGGGCACGCCGCCUCAACACCGCCUCAGCCAUGCACUGUAACCGCGUCCCGCUCGCUACCCUUGGGAGCCAGCAGCAGAAGCUGCAGGUCUCGCCCCUGAAGGGGCUCAGCCUAGCGGAUAAGGAGAACACGCCACCCGCCCUCAACGGCGCCCGCGUGCUGGCCAGCAAGGCCGCCCGAAGGAUCUUCACGGAGCCGGCGGAGCCCGCGGAGCCCAAAACUAAGGUAUCUGCCCUCCGCGCGCAGGAUGAGCCACUACUGAGAGAAAACCCCCGCCGCUUUGUCGUCUUUCCUAUCGAAUACCAUGAUAUUUGGCAGAUGUAUAAGAAAGCGGAGGCUUCCUUUUGGACAGCUGAGGAGGUGGAUCUCUCCAAGGACCUCCAGCACUGGGAAGCCCUGAAGCCUGAGGAGAGAUAUUUUAUAUCCCACGUUCUCGCUUUCUUUGCAGCGAGUGAUGGCAUCGUCAAUGAAAACUUGGUGGAGCGGUUUAGCCAAGAAAUUCAGAUUACAGAAGCCCGCUGCUUCUAUGGCUUCCAAAUUGCCAUGGAAAACAUACAUUCUGAGAUGUAUAGUCUCCUCAUUGACACUUAUAUUAAAGAUUCCAAGGACAGGGAGUAUCUCUUCAACGCCAUUGAGACAAUGCCUUGUGUCAAGAAGAAGGCAGAUUGGGCCUUGCGUUGGAUUGGGGACAAAGAGGCUACCUAUGGAGAACGUGUUGUGGCUUUUGCCGCAGUGGAAGGAAUCUUCUUUUCCGGUUCUUUUGCAUCGAUAUUCUGGCUCAAGAAACGAGGACUGAUGCCUGGCCUCACAUUUUCCAACGAACUUAUUAGCAGAGAUGAGGGUUUACACUGUGACUUUGCCUGCCUGAUGUUCAAACACCUGAUACACAAACCUUCGGAGCAGCAAGUCAAAGAAAUAAUUGUCAAUGCUGUUAGGAUAGAACAGGAGUUCCUCACAGAGGCAUUGCCGGUGAAGCUCAUUGGGAUGAAUUGCACUUUAAUGAAGCAGUACAUUGAAUUUGUGGCAGACAGACUUAUGCUGGAGCUGGGUUUUAGCAAGAUUUUCAGAGUAGAAAACCCAUUUGACUUCAUGGAGAAUAUUUCACUGGAAGGGAAGACUAACUUCUUUGAGAAGAGAGUAGGAGAGUAUCAGAGAAUGGGAGUGAUGUCAAGUCCAACAGAGAAUUCUUUUACCUUGGAUGCUGACUUCUAAAUGAACCGAAGGUGUGCUUUUUGCUGAUUUUUCUUUAUUCCCUUCUCACCAAAAGAAAAAUUAGCCACUUAAAAAAUGUAUCAACCAGCUAUACAACGAAUUAUCCAUAUGUUCGUUAAUAGCAUCUGUAAAGCUUUACCUACCUCUGUAUUAAUCCUGUUUGUUACUAAUGCUAGUAGCCUUGCCUAGAAAGAAGGUGCAUACAAAAGCUACUCCUAGGAAAGAUCUUGUCAGUGUUUGGCUUUUGCAAGCAGGCUGGCUACCCACGACUUGACCAUGGCUCUGAACAGGUCUUGGCCUCAGUGCGCCUCUGAUCAGCAGGGCUAAGCAUUUAGUUAUUACCAUGAGGUCCUAAGACGUCAGCUUCACUGCUUCAAAGCAGAUGUUAAAGUUUACUUUAUUUAAAAGUGGCACUUUACACGCAGAUAAACAUAGUUUGUAUUGUCAACGUAAAGGCCUGAUUCAGCCUAACUUGGUUUAUAUACCAAACAUAAAAUACGAGGUGUGAUUAAAAAAAUACAGUGAAUGUUUAAAUUUAAAAAAAAUUACAGUGAAAGUAAUUUAAA